AUUUGUGAUCUGGGUUGCCCAAAUUUAACGUUCUCUAUAAUACGACCAAGAUCCCAUUAUGAACAGAGAAAAGGUCCCUGGUUAUUAAUCGUGGCGACUCUCGAAUCUGAGUAGGUAAAAGCGCGUGAAAUUAUUGCUCCAACUUGCCCCCCACCUGCUUUUUAGAACCGCAAUACCGCAACCUCACACAUACCCCAACGCAACAAGCAUUGGUUCUAUAUUGAAACCUACCGGCUUAUCGAAAAAGAAACAAAAAAGAAAAAAGUAGAAAAUCACUUCUGUGAGAUAUACGGACAAGAUGCCCUCGUCCGUUUCCGACCCCUUCGAAGACAUCUUCAAUCUGGAGGACCGGUUUUAUAAUGAAGGGUAUGAACAAGGAUCGCGAGACGGCAUCCUAGCAGGCAGGAUAGAGGGCCGCUCUGUCGGCAUUUCCAAGGGCUUCGAUAAAUUUCUUGAGGGCGGUCGAGUCUAUGGCAAGUCUCUCGUCUGGGCCAACAGGAUUCACCUGUCGUCAUCGUCUCCUUCACGGUUAUCAACAUCUGCCACAACCACGGACGGUCUAUCUAGUCAGCAGAGCCGGGUGGCAGAGGAGAGUUCCCGGAAAUGCUCCCUGCCGCCGCUACCAACCAACAAUGCCCGGCUGCAGAAGAACAUCGUGGCCCUGCAUGCGCUCGUGGAGCCAGAUACACUUUCCACGGAAAACAGCGACGAAGCGGUGAACGAUUUCGACGACCGCAUCAAGAAGGCCCAGGGACGAGUGAAGGUUAUCGAGCGGGUGGUUGGGGAGCAGCCACUGGAAGCCGCCACGACCGGUCCUGGCACGACUGAGGCCAACACGAGGAUCUGAAGAGAAUGUCCAAUAUGUUGUGGGAAUGAGAGCUUCUCAUCAAAUAGCAUGGCGCAAUGGUUCGAAGGACUGGACUGCAAUUUCACGGGUAUGUGGAUUGGUGAAAGAUAGGCAGGGCUGCACGAUAUGGGCGGGCAAGUUGAAAUAUCUCACCUCACACAGGUAGUUCGUGUAAAGUGCAACGAGGGGAUUGAAGCUGUAAGACAAAAAAAUAAAAUAAAAAUUUAGAUGGUAGCUUAGGACUGCAACUUAGGUAGUCUAAGAUUUCUAAGACUUGCUUCUCAUACACGGCCGC